AUGGCCGACUCAUCAGGAACAGACGGUCUCAUUCCUUGCACCUACGAAGACUGUGACUUGUUCUUCAGGACCGAGAAGGAAAUGAAGCGCCACAAGAAGAACGCCCCAGAGCACGAUUACUGCGCGGUAUGCAACGAGGACUUCGAGGACGACAACGCGUUGUCCAUGCACAAGGUCGUCCGUCCAGACAUGCACAACCUAGCUUGCCGUGUCUGCGGCCAGGAGUUCAAGUCUAACAAGGGACUCCAACGUCACAUCGAGUUGACUCACAGUGUUGACCAGAAGCUCGUAUGCAUCGGGUGCGAGGGCAAAUUCCCUCGCGCCAGCCUCCUCGUCGAGCACCUCGAGUUCAAUCACUGCAGGAUCAUCACGGCCAACGAGUUCAUGGCGAGCAUCACCCACAAGUAUCUCAUCACCGAACUCCUCAACGGCGGAGCCAACUUCGAUCGCUUCAUGCAGAAGACUUCGAGGUAUGAGGCCGCUGUGGACAAUGACGAUGAGGGAGGCAUCAACAUCAUGGACGAACCUGACCACGAGCCGGUUGACUUGGACUUCGAAGUGAUGAAACCACAUGUUCCUGAAGGCAGCAACAACUUUGAGAAGCAUCUACCUUACCCGCCUCUCCCGGGCCAGUCAUCCCAAGCAUUCAAUGCGCUGGCUGCGAAGCUCAACAAGGCCACACUAGAGGAAAAUGAGCGAGUCGCUGCUGGUGAGAGCUCCAGGCAGGCCGUAAAGACUAUGUGGGGAGGUCCGACUGCCCGUAAACUCUUCCCUCAAGCUGCGAGCUCUACAGUCGCCCCGAGUGAGUACUCCGUCGAGCAGCUUGAUCGACAGAAGGAAAGUGAGUACGGCAUCAAUAUCUUGGACACCCGCUUCUGGGAUCCGGACUGCGAAGCCUGGAACCCUCAACGCUUCAUCGACCCUGUCACCCUGAAGUACUGGUGUCCAUUCGUCUGCGAACAAUGCUUUGCCAUCCCACCCGACCUCGCCCGCCACAUCAAGACGGACCACAAGAUCCGCGAGAUGUCCUGCCCAGCCUGCAUGAAGAAAUUCAACCACACGACCGCCCUCGUCGCGCACUGCGAGUCCCCAGCCAGCAAGUGCCGCAUCAAGCGCGCCGAGGACUUCAGCACCUUCCUCGACAAGCUGACCGGCGGCUUCCUCGGCGUCACAGAGGCCAUCCGUCCAGACCACCUCCAUAACCCCCAGGCCCUCAUCACCAACCCGGAGACCGGCCGCGUCGAGGUCCACACGCCGCACCAGGCUCACUACCUCCGGUACGAGGUCACUCGCCCGGCGCAGUACAAGGGUCCCCAGCGCACUGUUCAGAUCGGUGGCGGCCGUAUCUGA